GCCACUCGCAAUUCGUUCGUCGUCGCAGCAGCAUUGGUCGCAGAGCAGCGUAAAACCCCACGUAUAUAGCACAUAUAUUGUACAUAUAAUAAAAAUACUUUGUUUCGACUUGAAGCAACGCAUACAUAUAACGAGCGCGCAUAACAUUCAGAUUCAUCUGUGCAAAACGCCGAAUAAAAACUAUAGUGCAAUCACCACAGCAGCAGCAAAACGAACUAAAAUUUCGAUUUCUCAUCAUUUGUAGCCUAAAAAACACACAACAAACAAAGCAAAAUGUCUUCUGAAGUGAGCAGCGACAACCCCAUCUAUGGCCCCUUCUUCGGAGUUAUGGGAGCCGCCUCCGCCAUCAUCUUCUCGGCCCUGGGCGCUGCUUAUGGCACUGCUAAGUCUGGUACCGGUAUUGCUGCCAUGUCAGUGAUGCGGCCUGAACUGAUCAUGAAAUCCAUCAUUCCUGUGGUCAUGGCGGGUAUCAUUGCCAUUUACGGUCUGGUGGUGGCUGUGCUUAUUGCCGGCGCGCUGGAAGAGCCAUCAAAGUACUCACUAUACAGGGGCUUCAUUCACUUGGGAGCCGGUCUGGCGGUGGGCUUCUCUGGUCUGGCAGCUGGUUUUGCGAUCGGCAUCGUGGGAGACGCCGGUGUCCGUGGCACAGCACAGCAGCCUAGACUGUUCGUGGGCAUGAUCCUGAUUCUCAUCUUCGCCGAAGUGUUGGGUCUCUACGGCUUGAUUGUGGCCAUUUACCUGUACACGAAAUAAAUCAAUCAAUGCAAACACACAACAACAACAGAUAGACAAACGGCGCCCAGCGGUCAACAGCAGCCACAUCAACAUCAGCAGCAGCUUCAAGAGGAGCAGGUAAAAUUGUGUCAAGCCAAUGAGCAACGUGCAACAUGCAACUUCCAACAAGCAAAAACCACAACAGUGCGUGUGCGGUGCAAGCCCGGCGUGGACCGUUUGUACAUAGGGAGAACAACCAAAACCAGUCCUGCCGGACUGCAGGAUCUCCGCCACGCACUGCCCAUUGGUGGCCGCCGAUUUGCACCUGUUGUUCAGUUUACCUCGAUUCGCUGGCGCGUGGUUUAGCUUAGUUAUUUUCCGUUCAAAAUCAGUCUUAAACACGAGGAAAACAAUUUGCAAUUAAGUUCAUAAAGAUGUAAUAAUUAUGAUUUUUGCUAUAUCAAGAAAUCCUGCUCUUUUACUUUUUAUUUUGCGCUCCACAAUUUUGUGUGCUCUUUGUUAUUUGUUUUUUCCAUUAUUAUUAUUAAAUAAUGUUUAGUGUAUAUGUAAAGUUCGUUAAACAAAAAGAAAAAAUUGUAAAGAAAUCAACAACCAACAAUUGUCAGAAGAAACUUUGUACAUUUGCAUUGAGCCUGACGCGGCUGCAACCAAUUCAGAUCAACAAAUUUAGCGAAAGGGCCAAAACAACAAACAAACAAGCAGCAACCACAACAUCAAUGCUACCGCCCGAUGUCAUCCGGUGCGGCAACGUACCGCUCUUGUCCGAUUGCCGCUGUUUGGGCGCGCCCCGCCCCCUUCUUUGGUGGUGGGGGUGGAAGCCCAGUACAGUGGUGCCUCUGGAUUUCGGACGGCAAGCGGACGCUUGGCAAUACUUUAUCGUCAACUGCGGAAACCAACUACAUGCAAUCAUUCACACACACACACACAAAACCAACACACACACACACACAUACAAAAUGUAACUAAGUCCUACGUUUAUUUUUAAUUAUUGUUCAAUUCUAAGAAUAAUAUAUUAAAAAUUAAUAAUAAUAAAUUAUAUAUAUAAUUAUGAUUUUUUGUGAUAAGAACAGAUGGUAAUGCAAACAAUUACGGUAUUGAUAUACAUAAUAUAUACAGAAUAUAUAUAUAUAUAUAAACAAGAACAAGAAAUCAUAAACAAUUAUACAUAUUAACACGAGAAAGUUGUUAUAAAACGUACGAAACAAUACAAAUCAUGUGAAUGAAUGUAAUGCGACAAACUAAAAAAUACUGCAAAUCAACAACCACAACACACACUUUUUCCGCUGUUAUUGUAUAGUAAAGAAAAUAUUAUAUAUAUAAAUAUAUAUUAUGUAUAAAAUAUUAACAAGAAAUUGUAGUAGCAAAAUUAUAAACCAACAAACAAGAAUACCCACAACAAAAGUCGUGCAAGCAGAACCCAAAAACCGUAGACGAAUGUUGCAAAUGAAACUCAUACCAACAACAACCACAUUAGCAACACGAAAUCUACCAGAAAAAUCCAACAAAAAAAAUUGUAAAAUCCCAACAAAUUAGAAGUUAUAAGAAGCUACUUCGGAACCGAACCCAACAACACCCGAUCAACAUGUAUAGUAGUGGCAUUAGGCAAAUAACAAUUAAUUUGUAGGAGAGCCACGCAAGCCGAACGACCCGGUCCCGAGAAGGAUGCACAUUCCACCGCCCGUUGGACGCCGAUGCAUUCGUGAUGCUGAGAAUGCGGAGGAGCUCAACCUGUGCGGAGGCGCUGAAUUCCCGGGACCCGAAUCGCUCUGCUUGCGCACACCUCCCGAUCCCCACAAGAAAGCGACCACAACAGAAAUGCACAAAACACACCUGCAAUAAACCACUUGUGCUCACAAUCAAUCAGCAAUUGUAUAUAAGCAUGUGACGUUGCCUGUCAAUCACAGAUUCCCCCAUCCGACACCGAAUCAUGAUGCAGCGUCAGUGUUACGUUCCCAUCGGAAAACGGUGGGGGAAACUAAUUAACUCGAUUGCUAGCUUAAGGAACUCACGAAGCAAGUGUUGAAUAGUCCGUUUAUUAUUGUUACGCGUACCCCCAACAAUUGUGUCACGAAUUCAUAUUGUUAUUUGUUUAAGUUGCAUGCACCCCACAACAUAGACCUACCUAUACAUGUAUCCAAUGGUGCGGUUUUAGAAACUGUAACUGUGUAUUCGAAACAACUUAUAAAGCAAGUAAACAACCAUCAACAACAGACAUUGUAUGAAAUAAAUUGUAAUUUCUAAUUUCC